GCAUGGUAUUUGUUAUCAGUUGACAGGUAUAUGUCAUGCUGGAAGUCGAAUUGCAAAAAGGAAAAAGGCCCUAUCAAAUGCUUACUUAAUUACUUAGACUGUGAUUCUGUGAACCUUGAUCUCCGCAAGACAUGGUGACCAAACAUGUUGUUUCCUCGAACUUCUUCGAGAAGUAUUUCUAUUGUUUAUGGUGGGGAUUGCAACAGCUUAGUUCAUAUGGGCAGAAUUUGUCAACAAGCACAUUCAUUGGAGAAACCUCAUUUGCUGUGCUUAUUGCCAUAUUGGGUCUUGUUCUAUUUGCUCAUUUGAUUGGGAAUAUGCAGACGUUCCUGCCAUCUAUCACUGUGAGGCUUGAGGAAUGGAGACUUAAGCGAAGGGAUACUGAAGAGUGGAUGAAGCACCGUCAACUCCCAGAAGAUCUGAAACACCGGAUUCGGCGUUUUGUUCAAUAUAAGUGGCUAGCAACUAGAGGAGUUGAUGAAGAAGCAAUCCUGUGUGGUUUACCUGUUGAUCUCCGUCGUGAUAUUCAAUGCCACCUGUGCUUGGACCUUGUUCGGCGUGUUCCAUUCUUCUCUCAGAUGGAUGAUCAACUGCUUGAUGCUAUAUGUGAGCGUCUAGUUUCUUCCUUAUCUACUGAAGGCACCUAUCUUGUUCGUGAGGGGGACCCUGUGACAGAGAUGCUCUUUAUUAUCAGAGGUAGAUUGGAGAGCUCUACAACUAAUGGAGGUCGUACUGGUUUCUUCAAUUCGAUCACAUUGCGACCUGGAGAUUUUUGUGGCGAGGAGCUACUUGCCUGGGCUUUGCUUCCGAAAUCCACCAUGAACUUGCCUUCUUCAACUAGAACAGUGAAAGCAUUGGUUGAAGUUGAAGCUUUUGCACUCAGAGCAGAAGAUCUCAAAUUUGUAGCCAACCAAUUUAGGCGCCUGCACAGCAAGAAGCUCCAACACACUUUUCGCUUUUACUCGCACCAUUGGAGGACAUGGGCUGCUUGCUUCAUACAGGUUGCUUGGCGUCGAUACAAGAGGAGAAUGACGGAAAAUAAUCUCGCCUCAGUUGAAUGUUUUAAUAUGGAUGAGAAACAGGCGAAUGAGACUGAUCAAGAGCAGGAACAUUCAUCUGCUGCCUCAAAUCAUUCUCAGGCAAAGCUGAAUCUUGGAGUCACAAUACUGGCUUCAAGGUUUGCUGCAAACACAAGAAGAGGAGCACAGAAGAUCAAAGAUGUUGAGCUAUCAAGAUUGCGGAAACCAGAAGAGCCUGAUUUUUCUGCCGAGGCAGAAGACUAGUUAUUUACAUUAGGUAAGAGUAGCAUAACUAACUUCUCUCUGCUCAAGGGUGACUGAAUUCCACUUGAAUGUUUGACAAAAAGUCGAGAUAUUUUUGGAGCAGAGGGGAAAUGAUUGUGUUGUGUUGCUCUGUUACUACUAUGUAUAUUACCAUUUCUAUUUGUAAUAUUACAUUCAAUGUGCUGGCCUUCAGGGGUCAGCUGAUUAAAUCAACAGUAUGAAGAAUGAGCUUUGGGAA